UUAUUAUUAUUUAUUUUGUUAUUUUCUGUUAAUGCUAGACGUAAAUGUUUUCGGCAGGCUUGUUUUAUAUUUGAAUUUUUCAUUUUCACAUUUUAGGAUAAUUAUUAAACCAAAAAUUUUAAUUAAGGUUUUUCCUUCCCUGUUUUUUUCACAUGGAAACGGGAAGAAAAAACCCUUAAAAUUCUCCCAAAUAGUCAUAUACCUCUUUAGUGUGACCAUUAUUUAGAAUUUUUUACCUGUAUUUUAUCUGUCAUUUGUGGAUAUUUUAUAUCCCUCUCUCUUCCAAAUUAAUUUAAAUAUUAUAUAAAAUCGAAUUAAAGAUGAGAGGUACAAAAACAUUUGUUGCAGUAAAUAGCCAUGAUGAAGAUAUAACACAAUUAAUUGAAUUUCAACCAAUUGAAGGUGACACAGAAGAAGAAAAUAUUAAUGAAGAAGAAAUAAAAACAACAACAAAUUUAAUUAAUUCUUCUCCAGAAUUACAACAAUUACUUGAAGACACUAACAAUAAUCAACAAAAAUUAAAAAGACAACAAAAUCCCUCCCUUCCAAAUAUUGGGACUUCAAUUAGGCCUGCAAGUCAUGAUGUUUAUUUAUGGCCUAGCAUGACAGAACACGAAAAAACAGUAAUUAGAGAUGCUUUUAUCCAAAUUCAUCGCCGAACAUGUAUUAGAUUUAGUGAAUUAGAUUAUAAACCUUGGUAUCAUGCAGAACGUUGGGCAGAAGGAAAGCCUUAUAUUGUUAUUAGAAAAAGCAAAAAAUUUUCUGGUUAUUCUGAUAAUAAUAUUGAAGAUGUGAAUAGACGGUCUUUAAUUUAUUUAUCAGAACAGUCAUUGAAUAGUCAAAAUGUUAAUAAUUCUAGAGGAAUGGUAAUGGAACAAUUAUUAAAAUUUAUGGGCUAUAGAGAAGAAUUUCUUAGACCAGAUGCCCCAUCAUAUAUUCAAUUAAUUACUGAUAAUAAUUCAAAAAAUACACAACAAUUACUUAAAAAUACACCAAAAUUUUCAAAUGAACAAUUAAUGUGGCCCUUUGAUCCAGAAUCAAUAACAAUUCCUUCAACAGCUAGAGAAUGGUUUCAAUUAACAAUUUACUGUCAGGCAAGAAGAAAUUCUGAUAUUGGGGCUGGGCAAAGGGCUGGAUUAUUAACUAGAUGGGAUGCUGUAAAACUUAAUUCAAUGUAUUGCCCUCAGUCUGUUGGGUAUGCUGAUCCAAGAAUGGGACCUUGUGUUGUACCCAGAAAACCAAAAAUUUAA